AUGGGAAGCGAAGAAGAAAAAUGGGAGAAGCUGGAUGCAGAAUUUGAUCACUUUGUGGUUGAUAUGAAGCCCUUUGUCCUAAAAUUACCCCACAGGUCAGAACGACAGAGGUGUGCCCUUUGGAUCAGAAAACUGUGUGAGCCUUCAGGAACAGGCACGGGAAUCAUGGGCAGGAAGAAUCGGAACCUGUACGCAAAGCUGCUGCUGCAUAUGCUCAAACAAGGAGUGCUUGAAGGUCCAUUCACACACCGCCCUGAACCAGGCACUCUGCAGACUCUGCCCUCAUACAUGUCCAUCUACUUUGAUGAGCCAAAUCCCGCACAAGUGAAAGAUCCAAGCCCAGAACAAUUGCCAGACUGGAUAAUGGGUGAGCUAGGUACCAGUGGACAUAAGUUAAAUGACUCAUGGAAACUUGCCUCUGGAGAUGACAAGGCCUUGGUGCAGUUGCCGGCUGAUAGCCCCAGGGAGCUGGGAAGCUGCGCAGGGAAACUGCAAGUGAAGACACAGGCUAUAAGUCCAUGUUACAGAGAAGAUAGUCAAAAUGCUACCUCAAAGAUCUGUGAAAGUCAUUCAAAAACAACUCUUGUAUCUUUGGAUGACAGUGACAUUGAAUCUCGCCUUAAUAGUUGGAAUCUUGGGAUAGAAAAUCCUCGGUACCUGAGACAGAAGCCUGUCCCAAUUUCUCUGAUGACUCCCAGGUUCAGCCUAAGGAAAUCCAGCAGUCUGCAUGAAGAUCAUUUUCUCUCUCGAAUGCAUGAGAAAGAGUUGGACAUGAAGUCAAAAAUGAUGGAAGCUAAUUUUCAUGAAGAAAAACUUAAACUGCAACAGAAACAUGAUGCUGAUGUUCAGAAGAUUUUAGAACGAAAGAAUAAUGAAAUAGAAGAAUUGAAAAUUUUAUACAAAAAGAAGCAAAGUGAAACUGAGGAGACUAUUAGAAAGCUUGAAAAGAAAGUUCAGAUCCUUGUACGCGACUGUCAAGUCAUUAGAGAGACUAAAGAAAACCAGAUUUCAGAGCUAAAAAAGAUAUGUGAACAGAGUACUGAAUCUCUAAAAAAUGAUUGGGAAAAAAAGCUCCACAAUGCUGUAGCAGAAAUGGAAAAGGAGAAGUUUGAUCUUCAAAAGCGACACACUGAAAAUAUUCAAGAAUUGCUUGAGGACACAAACAUACGUCUGAGCAAAAUGGAGGGCGAAUACGUGGCUCAAACACUGUCUACAAACCAAAUGGUCAAAGAACUGGAGGCACGUGUCCAGCAGCUGACUGGAGAAGCUGAGAACAGUAAUUUGCAGAGGCAGAAGUUAAUUCAGGAAAAGCAGGAACUUGAAAGAUGUUACCAGAUCACAUGUAAUGAAUUGCAAGAAGUGAAGGCAAGACGCAACUUACUACAUAAGGAGAAGGAUCAUCUUGUAAAUGAGUAUGAGCAAAACAUGAAAUUAUUUCAAACCAAAUAUGAUGCAGAUAUAACAAUUCUGAAACAGGAGCACGCUCUCUCAGCUUCCAAGGCAUCUGGUGUGAUUGAAGAAUUAGAACAGAACAUCUGUCAGUUAAAACAGCAGUUACAGGAUUUGGAACUUCAAAGAAAGCAGCAACUAAGAGAUCAAGAGAAUAAGUUUCAAAAUGAAAAAAGUCAUUUAAAACGCACCUAUGAGAAAAAGGUUCAUGACCUGCAGAGUGAACUUGAUAAAGAAAAAGAAGAUGCGGAAAAGAAAAUUCACAAGUUUGAGGAGGUUGUGAAGGAAAAAGAAGAGCAGCUAACUCGUGUGACUGAAGUUCAAAGGUUGCAGGCCCAGCAGGCAGAUGCUGCUUUGGAAGAGUUUAAGCGGCAGGUGGAACUGAACUCAGAGAAAGUCUACGCUGAAAUGAAAGAGCAGAUGGAAAAAGUGGAAGCAGAUCUAACAAGGUCGAAGUCUCUUCGUGAGAAGCAGUCCAAGGAGUUUGUGUGGCAGCUGGACGAUGUCAGACAACGGUAUGAACAGCAGAUAGUAGAGCUGAAGCUGGGGCAUGAACAGGAGAAGACGCACCUAUUACAGCAGCAUAACGCAGAGAGGGAUAGCCUAGUCCGAGACCAUGAACGGGAAAUUGAAAACCUGGAAAAACAGCUUCGCGCUGCCAAUAUGGAGCAUGAAAAUCAAAUUCAAGAGUUCAAGAAACGAGAUGCACAGGUUAUUGCUGACAUGGAAGCCCAAGUUCACAAGCUGAGAGAGGAGCUGAUUAGUGUGAACUCACAGCGAAAGCAGCAGCUGGUGGAGCUUGGUCUUCUUCGGGAAGAAGAGAAGCAAAGGACAGCAAGGGACCAUGAGCUGGCUAUCAGCAAAAUGAAGGCUGAGUCAGAGAAGAUGAAGCUGGAGCUGAAGAAGACGCACGCCGCCGAGACAGAGAUGACACUGGAAAAGGCCAACAGCAGGCUGAAGCAGAUUGAGAAGGAAUAUACUCAGAAGCUUGCCAAAUCCUCACAGAUCAUAGCCGAGCUUCAGACAACCAUUUCCUCCCUGAAAGAGGAGAACAGCCGGCAGCAGCUCGCUGCAGAACGGCGGCUCCAGGAUGCCAUACAAAAGUUUGAAGAUGAGAAGCAGCAGCUGAUUAGAGAUAAUGACCGAGCAAUCAAGGUUUUACAAGAUGAACUAGAAAAUCGUUCUAAUCAGGUGCGAUGUGUGGAGAAAAAAUUACAACACAGAGAGUUGGAGUCCCAGGAACAGAUAACUUACAUCCGACAAGAAUAUGAAACAAAAUUCAAAGGGUUGAUGCCAGCAUCCCUAAGACAAGAACUUGAAGAUACCAUUUCCUCCCUAAAAUCACAGGUUAACUUUCUGCAGAAGAGAGCAUCCAUCCUCCAAGAAGAGCUGACAACAUACCAAGGCAGAAGGUAACUACCCAAGAGAAUGUGCUGGAUGGAGUUAUGCGGGCAGCACUGUGGACUCCUGCCAGCAGGUUUGAAGAUUUGGAUAUUGUAAACUGUGAGAUCAGUGGCAUUUUUUAAUACUGAAUGUAAUUAAGGUCAUAAAAACAUACAUCAUUCA